UUUGAGACCGCACACAAGCAUCCGGAGGCUGCCUUCAGUGACUCGGGUUUUCAUACGGCACACAAGAUUAGCGUACGCGCCACAGAUGCUGCCGACUACUCCAUGAACCUGCUUCCUACCAAGGAGCGACCUGAGCUGAACCCUGUGCUCAGUGCGCUCAUCAACGAAGAUGUGAUGAAGAGCAUUGAGGCCAAGCGGGCCAUUGAACGUGAGGAGCUUGAGGCGGUACGACGUGAGAUUGAACAGGAGGAGCAGGCAUUGGCUUUGCGUUCUUUUACCGAAGCGCCAGUGCCCCAACUAACCACCGCGCCAGCACUGACCAAGAAAAGUGACGAUCUGAGCGAUGACAUUGGCAUCAACGUGGGUUUCGUGGAUCAGCCAAAUAUUCUUGAGAGCGCUGGCACCGAAAACAAUAAGAAGUCACGCAUUGAAAUCAAAAAGGGACCCAAUGGUCAGGAUUAUGAGUACGAGUAUGUCUACUACUAUGAGGAGGAUGAGGACGCCGACAGUAAGGCCAAGCCUCAGGACUCCUCAGCUACGCGCGGCAAGACGCGCUACUCCAACAUUGAGCGUAGUACGGCAGCCACACCAAGUGAGAACAGUUUGCAGAGCGGUAAGGCCAAAGGACGCGCAUCCAGUGUGAGUGAUGCCUCCGCCACUGCCGAAGACAUUGAAGCUGAACGUCUGCCCACAAAUACACGUUUCCCCAGUCGGGGCAAAAAUAUCGAGGUGCAACCAACACCCGCCCUGGACUCACUCGAAACUGCCGCUGAACGCAAGAAGAUCAGCGUGAAACGGCCAAGCCUUGAGCUGGUCGACAGCCAGACCUUCAAUACGGAUGAGAAACAGGCAAAGGGCACGCGCAGCGGCGACAAUGAUCUGAAGCCAGCGAUUGCCAUUGAGCAGGAGCAGGCGGCGGCUGCAGCGGCUGCCGCAGCUGCCAAGGCAGCUGAGGAGAUGGAAAUCACAGCCCAGCUUGAUGACGAGGCUGAACAGACAACGCCAUCCAUGGAGAAGGCAGCUCUCGAUCUAUAUGCCAUACUGACCAACGAAAAUUUCAAUAAUGAACAGACCACAGCAGCCGAGGGCGACGAGGCCACCACAUUGACGCCCGAUACGGCUAGCACCGAUGACGAUGAUAGCGUCCUGACCACCUUGCAGCUCGAACUGGAGCAGUCGUCUACAACAAGCACCACAACCACGACAACGACGACGACCACAACAACAGAGGCGCCGACCACAACGACAACCACGACGACUACAGCGGCACCAUCGCUAUUCGGUGGACGUAGAGCUGGCAUCAGCGGUCUGGCUGGUCGCAAUCGCUUCAAGUUGCGCGAGGGUGGUCAUGGAAAUCAUGGCGGCACCCCAACGACCAGCACCACAGAGCCACCAGCGGAGCAGCCCAAGACGGGCAGAAAUCGCUUCUCGCGCCCAUCGAUAGGGGGUCGCUCUCGUCCAGGUGCACGCACAACCGCCAGCCCUGAAGCAGCACCUGCACCAGCCGAAGAGGAGGUUGUUGCCGCCAAGGAGGUGAAACCCGUCAGCUCUGGGUUUGGACGUGGCAGACCACGCAACCGCUUUAAUUUGCGUGGCUCCACCACCACUACUGAAAAGCCCGCCGAAGAUUCGGCCGAUGGCGCUGUUCAGGAAGAGGCCGUCUCCAGCACCACUGCUCGUUCGUUACGCGGACGUCCUGGCAUAGGAUUGCGUGGGCGCAGCCGCACCACCACCACUAAGGCACCUGCCCCCGAAGGUACUGAAGAUUCGAGCGCAGAGGAGGGCAAGGCACAAUCCGCGGCACCAGCUCAUCAUGCCGAUGCUGUGCGUCCAUCGCGCUUCAACUUGCAUCGUGCCGGAGGCAAUCGCCUGCUGCCACGUGGAAAACUAGGACGUGCUGGUGUGACUACCGAAUCGGCUAAGGAUGCAGAGGAUUCGGCAGCGGACAGCAGCCAUCACAAUGAUGUGAAGGGCGAGGCGGGCGAGCAUGCCGCCGAAGGCGCUGAGAAGACUGAAGGCGAUGCCGCUGCCGGCAGCGCUGCAAACCAUGCCGGACCGGUUUCCGGUUACAAUCGCUUGAAGAAUCGUCCGCGCCUCAAUGGACUGCACAAGACUGAUGCCACAAAGCCAAAGUCAGCAGCGGCAGUAGCGACUGCGGCGGGCACAGCGCCUUCGCCCUCACCAGUGGCGUCGGUGGCGCCCCGCAAAAUUAACCCACUUCUAGCCAAGCGCCGUCUGCAUUUGGGCGGAGCAGCGGCGGCUACCUCUACUACAGAAUCUCCUACUGAGGAUGAGAACUCCUCAUCAGCCGCAUCUGCGGAGCAGCCAUCCAAGGAGGAAGCAUCUGCCACAUCAGCCACAUCCGACGAGGCUGGCGACAGUGCUGGCAAGGAGCAGGAGACAACGGAGGCCACAGAGACAACCACGAAGCAGGCACGCGGUCUUGGCCUGCUCGGCCAGCGCAGACGCCUGCCGCUGAGGAAGCCCGGCACCAUACUGUAA